AUGGCCUCUGCUUGGACAGCGCAUCCCCGGGCCGUAGCGGCAGUCGCUGUUUCAGUGGUCUUUGAGACCCUGGCUGUAAUCGCCAUGAUUCUGCGUUUCUACUCGCAUCGUUUGCGGAAGCGGAGGGUUGCGGCGCAUGAUUGGGCUACGGUUGUUGCGUUGAUCUUUUCCACUGGCUGCGUGGCUCUUGUGAUUACCGCGGUAGCCAUUGGAGGGCUAGGGCAACACACCUGGGAGCUUUCCAACCCGACGGUCCAGUUACUACACUUUGCAAAGAUCUAUGUCGCCAAUUCCCCCGUCUGGGCAGGCGCAAUCAGCGCCGUCAAGGUGUCGAUUGUCCUUUUGUACAUUAGUCUCUUUGGCAACGACCCUGCUAUCCGAUACUGCUGCUAUACAUUGAUCGGCGUGCAAGUGCUCUGGGGAAUCGCCGUCAUACUGUCCUCUUUGCUGCUAUGCCAGCCCCUGCGGAUAAACUGGGACCCCACUGUGGACGGCCACUGCGGCAGCACUAAGGCUACAUAUCUUGCUCUGCACAUUAUCAAUCUAAUCCUGGACGUGACAGUCGGCCUUCUCCCUGUGCCGGUACUAUGGAAACUACAGAUGAGGCGGCGGAAGAAGAUCGAGCUGGCGCUGAUGUUUUCGCUGGGAAUAGCGAUCUGCAUAAUCACCAUCUUCCGCAUCAACAUGAUCAACGACCUUGUCAGCACCGACCUCACAUACACCACGGCGCCCCUGAUGAUCUUCACAAUCCUCGAGCCCCUCCUCGGAAUCAUCCUCGCCUGCCUGCCGCUGCUCCGUCCGGUAUUCGAGCGCGUCUCCGCCUUCCGGACCUUGCAUAGCAGUCAAGCCAGCGGUGGCAGCGGCACACCGAUACCGCAGUUGUCUGGGCAAUCCCGCGAGUCCAAGGCCAGGACCGAGCACUACGUGAAGAUGCGUCCCUCGACUUCAACUGCGGGAUCUGCGCAUGCCCUCAACAGCACCGCCGCUAAUCAAGGGCGUGGGUAUGAACUUGACGAGGUGAAGCGCUUGUCAGACCGGGAUCAGCCGUCUAUUGUUGUUACGAAUACGUGGGACGUGGAGGCGGGGCCGUAUAGUCCAAGGGGGUUGAAGCCGGGCAGCGCGGCUAGAGACCUUGAUCGGCCGGAUAAUGGGACUUUUUAG